CUCUCACAGAUAUCGGCAUCCACUGAGCUUAUCGCGUCAUUGAAACAAGACAGCAGAUGUUGCUCUCUCAAAGUUCAUUAAUACAUUUGUUCCGUUUCUUUUGAACACAAACGUCCGAACGUUUGCUUGUCCACGACCGAGUGUUCGGACAGCCCGAUCUGUCACUGCAACCUCUGCCCCUUGAUCUCUCUGCUUCCCACGGAGCACUGACUAUGUCUUUACUCCGAUCACAUAGCGUGGAGGAGAAAGGAAAGAAAUCACGUUUCUCUUUUCUCCGUAGGCUAUCUGCAGCUUCGGCUUCAGGUUCGAAGGGCUUAAUUCCACCUGACGCAUCAUCACUUUCCCCAGUCGAUUCUGGGUAUUCGUCUUCACAGGCCGAUACACGCGAGCAAAAUGGUAGCAGAGUCUCAUCUGAACGUAGUCGUCCAACAGCCAUAUCCUACCCUCCCUACGAAGGUCUACGGCGCAAUUGCUCGCCUGCCAACCGCUUGUCUACGAACAUCACAAUACCCUCUCCUCCAUUAUACCAAGUACCAGAACAUACGUUACCUAUCUUGCGACGGAAUUCUCAUCAGGAUGGUCUUCCGACAUAUUCUAGUUCUGCACAAAUAUCAGGUCCGGUCGUCCUUCAAUUUGUGCGAUGUUCACCUUUUGCAAUGGUGGUCACCGAAGAUCUCGGAGGCGUAUCGCACCCUGAAACGGGUACGAAAUAUCAUAUUAGCGUUGGCGUAAAUAUCUGGAUGCCGAACUGUACUGUCACCACAAUCCGUAGAGGGCCUACGGAGGAUGGUCGUCUGGUCGCCCAGUUAGAGCUGGGGAUCAUGGCUGGUCCCGCUACGGUGACAAUGGCCGGUCAAUGCAGACCAUUGAGUUCUAUCAUGCAUCGGAAAAGUUCAUCGAGCAGUUCGCGAACAUAUGAUCUUUUAGAUGGCCGCUCGCUGAAAUGGAAGUUGCACAGCGAUGCAUGGCGGGCGUACAUCAACUCUCAGGAAAUAGCCUCAUUUGAUCCAACGCCACCUAGGAAACUUAUAUUGUUGCCGACAGCGCAUCGGUUCACAGAUCACAUCAUAGUUUGCCUGGUCAUCCUCAUGCGCGAACACCUGACUCCUAAAACUGGUUUAGUGGGAGACGCAUCUCAGUUAUUCAAUUAUUCGCCAUACUUUCACACAGGAGACGAUUAAAUGAAUAAGCAUCUUACCAUUUU